CGUUAGUUAUCUUAGGUUAAAACGGAGUGUUUUGAGACUCUCGAAAACCCUCGCGGGGCGUCUUGGCUCGUUAUUCUGGUGGUUUGCCUCCCAGACCAGAGAAAGCUUCCUCUGCCGCGGGCGUAGAGAGAGAGAGAGAACAGGGGUCAAAAUCUUGGUUGGAGCUCUAUAGUGGGACUUGGGAGCUGGUUUCCCAAAAUAUUCAGAUGGCCAAACGCGAGCUUUCCAGCACGUUAAAGAACUUGAAGUUCAUGCAAAGGGCAGCCCUGAGAGAAGAUAAGUGUGAGAAGGAAGAAGAAGUCAUACCUGUUGGGAACUUCCCGUUCUCUGGUGCCUUAAAAAAAUGUACUGUGAUUCUAGAAGGUGACCCCCAUCCAGGGGCUAUGAAAGGCCGGAUGUCAUUUCAAAGUUUUAACCCUUCUAUUGAUAAAUUGAAUGAAGAAGGAACAAGCCCUUGUCAAUCAGAAGCCUCUACCCCAAGUUCUGGCAAGCCAAAUGGAAGAGCUUCUAAUAGGGAAAAUGGUUCCACAAAUUACGAAUCCGAGAACUUGAAACCAAAUAGUGUCAACAACGAUGAAAAUGGAGAACUUAAGAGGAAGCAACCUGGAGUAGACUCUUUAAAUAGAUCGCAGAAAAAUAUUCAAGGUGAUGAAGAAGCAUCGCCAAGUGAUAGUAGAAGUUCUUAUAGGAAACCAAAGCGUGAAAAGCUGGACUGGAGUGUUCUAAGACCUCCGAAAGGUCGAAAGGAAAGAGAAUGAUUUCCAUCAGGUGAUUACUGUCAAAGCCAUGUGAGUUUGAUUUCUCGAUGCUUUAAGGUUCUCAGAAUAGUCAGCACCUGUAACUUAUUGUUAAGUGUAUCAUGGGCAAUUGAAUUAGUUCUACUUAAUUAGCAGUUUUGUAUGUGUUAGUGGUGUUAAAUGAUGAUACCAUUCCAUUAAUGCUACUCUGUUCUGAGCCCCAUCUUUGCAAUCCAUCUGAUUAUUGUUUGAUACUA